AUAAAAAAAAAACGAAAAGUUGCAGAUUGAAUGAGGGGGUUGCCGGUGACCCAGAUAUGAAAAUGGUCAGAUCGCGACCAACCCUUGGGAGGGGUGGGUUGGGGUCGCCACCGAUGACUCCAGAUAGCGAUGGGUCGCAACCCACCUUUCGGUCGCGUCCUCAUCACAAACCUGGUCGCGAUUCACGACCUUUAAUCUGCAGAAAGCGCACUUUAGAAGAGUCGGGAAGCUCACGUCAAAGGAGAAUGAGAUCGCGCAACGGAGGAGAAGAAGAUCAAGCGGCCGGCGAAGGAGGAGAAAAUCGAGCGGCGGAUGAGAAAAAAAUCACGUGGCGGAGGAGAAGCAAACCGCGUCACGUCGGAGAGGGGAGGUGAGUUCGUGCGCUUUUAAGGGAUGGCUCUCGUCGUCGUGGGUUGCGUCGCGAGCUACGGAGGCGGAGGGGCAAGGAUGGUGGAUGGUUCGCCGGAGUUUUUUUUUUUAUUAGUAUUUUUCGUGGCUUUUGGUAAUUAAGGAAAGGUUUUAUCCAGUGUGGGCUUGUCUAGUUUUGUUUCAGGAGAACGUAAGUUGAGACCACCAGUUUCAAUCGAACGGUUGAAACGGUUUUCCAUAUCAAUAUCGAAUUUGAGGACUACGGUAGUGAGUCUCGGGAGCACAAAUUGAAAGAGUGGGAAUAUUUGGGCCUUGAGCCCAAGUAGAAAUAUCAGAGAAGUAAGGCUAUAAAUAACACCACAGAAAUAUCUCUUCGGAGCUUAUCAGAAGCUCUAAGCAAAAAAGCAAUCCUGUUUUACUACCUCAGAAAGCCACAACAACAACUUCAGAAAAUGUCUUCCUUAACUUCCUCAACCGUGAAUUCCAACGUUUAUGAGAGUGGAAAAUACUCAACAGUCAUACAAAAAGUAGAGGCCGAGACAAGAAUUCCAGUUCCACCUCCAAAGCCGCUUCUGAUCGCCAUGCCAUCUGAAGGAGGAGAAUUCCCACUUCUUGUCUUCUCUCAUGGCUACCUUCUCUACAACUCUUUCUACUCUCAACUUCUCCAACAUGUUGCUUCUCAUGGCUUCAUCGUUAUAGCCCCUCAGCUAUAUACUGUGGCUGGACCAGACUCAAGUGAUGAAAUAAAGUCUACAGCUCAAGUAACAAACUGGUUAUCCAAAGGACUCCAAUACUUGCUACCACAGCAAGUCAAGCCAAACCUGAGCAAAGUAGCCCUAGCCGGCCACAGCCGCGGUGGCAAAACCUCAUUUGCGCUAGCUCUAAGCAAAGAAACAAUCACCACCCUCAAAUUCUCAGCUCUUAUUGGCAUUGACCCGGUUGAUGGAAUGGACAAAGGGAAACAAACCCCUCCACCAGUCCUCACCUAUGUCCCCCAUUCAUUUGAUCUCGGUAUGCCGGUAAUGGUCGUCGGGUCGGGUUUGGGUGAAGUCAAGAGGAACCCUUUGUUCCCUCCUUGUGCUCCCAAAGGUGUUAACCAUGAGGACUUCUUCAAGGAGUGUAGAGAGCCUGCUUGCUACUUUGUGGUCAAGGAUUAUGGUCAUGUUGAUAUGUUGGAUGAUGAGACUAAAGGGAUAAGAGGGAAAACUACUUAUUGCUUGUGUAAAAAUGGAAAGACUAGAGAGCCCAUGAGGAAAUUUGUUGGUGGGGUUGUGAUUGCCUUCAUGAAAGCUUAUUUAGAAGGUGAUAAAAGGAGUUUAAUGGCUAUAAGGGAAAGAAGUAGUGAUGGGGAUCUGCCUGUGGAACUUAAAACUAUUGAGUUUCUUUUGUGAACAAAUUUUCAAUGCUUUGGUAAAUGAUUGGGAAGCUGCCAUAUUUGUCCUGGUUUUACUGUUUUCAGGCAGUAGUGUGGCCCUUAAAACUCUUCACUUUUUUUUUUCAAAAGGAUUUAUUUGUUGCUUUGUAUAUUUUUGUAAUAGUAAUACAUAAUGAAAGUGAAAAGCUUCCGCUAAA